AUGAUUAUACCUGUGCGAUGUUUUACAUGUGGUAAAGUUAUUGGCAACAAAUGGGAAGCAUACCUCGGUUUACUACAAGCAGAAUAUACAGAAGGUGAUGCGCUGGAUGCUCUGGGCCUAAAGAGAUACUGCUGCCGUAGAAUGUUGCUUGGACAUGUGGAUUUAAUUGAGAAGCUGUUGAAUUAUGCACCAUUGGAAAAAUAA